AUGUCAGAUAGUGUUGAUAGAGUAUUUGCGAAAGCAAUAACAACCAUAAGAGCAUUAUCAUCCCGUUCCAACUAUGGUUCCUUACCCAGACCACCUGCUGAAAACAGAGUCAAACUCUAUGGAUUAUACAAACAAGCAACUGAAGGAGAUGUAGUUGGGAUAAUGCCACGUCCAGUUGGAUUCACACCAGAAGAUGAAGGGGCCAAAAAGAAAUGGGAUGCUUGGAAACGUGAAGAAGGGUUAAGUAAAACAGAAGCUAAAAGAAGAUAUAUUGCCUAUCUUAUAGAUACUAUGAAAGUGUAUGCCAGUGGAACUGUUGAUGCUAGAGAAUUAUUAGGAGAAUUGGAAGAUUUAUGGAAUCAAAUCAAACAUAUACAAUAUGAAGAAGAUUUACUGGAUAACCACAAUCAUCAUAAUAGAUUACCUUCACAACCACCCCUGUUUGGUGGCGACAGAUUCUCAACCAAAACCCCAAGUAUUCUUGGAAGAUCAGAUAAUCCAUAUCGUAAUAAUUUAGAGCGAAUCUAUUCCCAUUCUAGAAAGAAUGUUCCAUAUUCAGUAGUUGAAUACUCGCCUCAUCAAGAAGCUAAAGGGAGUGGUUCUAAUAAAGGAAAACCCACAGGUGGGUCGGUAUAUUCCAUGCCAUUGAUUGAUAGGGAGUCUCUUCGUCGUCAACAAGAUACUCCGAUAGAUAAGAAUAUCCUUGAGGAUUUUAAGACAUGGCAAGGAGAAGUCAAUAUGGUGAUUAAUAGACUUACACGGGAAUUCAUUAAAAGCAAAGAAGCCCAUCCACAAGAGUUACCCAGUGAUGAUGAUAGUCCUUUGAAACGGAAAGUAUUUGCGAUUUUAAAGAUUGUUGGAAUCAAUGCAUUGAAGUUUUUGAAAAACUUUAGUAUUAGUGUUUUAUCAAUCAUGUUUAUUGUUUGGUGUUUUAAAAAGAAUGUGGUUGUUAAACGGACAAUUGUAACUCAUGGAGGGAAUGGUAAUGGAAGUGGGAAACAGUCUAAAGAGUUGGUUAUUAAUAUGGUAAUGAAUACUAAAGAAGAUAAAUGGUUUAUUAGAUUGUUAAGCUUUAUAAAUAGCUUUAUAGGAUUUGUUUAA